CAUUUUUAAAUAAAUGACUGAAAACAGACUGAGGUAUCCGUCAAUUUUGCGGGGUUUGGAACUAACUUAGCAGCUGUUUGCUGAGAAGUUGUCUGGACAGGUGUCACCGUAGCGGAAACGUUACUGUUAAUCCACGUGGAAGACGGGAGAUAGCUGUCCUGUGGACUGGCAGAGUGAUAGAAGAGCUGACCCAUGUAAGGAAGCAGAGGCCUCACACACACACAGACGUGCACGUACACACAAGGACUCUCCUAUGGCAGCAUUCAGUGGCACCUGGGACUCUAAGGUGAGCCGGGCUGCCCAGCCCAGACGAGAGGAGAUGCAAGCCAAGUUCAGCGCGAGUAGAAGCCCUCAGAACCAGAGUGUCAGCAACUGUAGCACUGUGCUGGAGAAGACUCAGGAAUUCUUCCAGAUCUGUGACACCGAAGACAAAGGCUUCAUCACUCGGCGGGACAUGCAGAGGCUACUGGGAGAGUUGCCCCUGAGUGCUGAGGAUCUGGAGAAUGUGUUUGACACUCUGGAUGCUGAUGGCAACGGAUACCUCACCCUGGAGGAGUUCUCUUCUGGCUUCAGCGAGUUCAUGUUCGGCCCUGCAGCAUCAGCAGCAGCUCCAGAGGCAGGUCAAGAGUCUGUCGCAGUGCAGAGUCCUCCCGAGUCGCUCUACCAGAGUCAGUGGGAGGCGAGACUCAGUGGGGGGGAGGACGACGAGGAGAAGCAUUUCUCCAUGCUGAUGGAGAACCUGGGUGCCAGCAACAUCUUUGAGGACCCAGGAGAGGUGCGCAGUUUGUGGGCUCAGCUUCGCAAGGAUGAGCCUCGCCUCCUGUCCAACUUUGAGGAGUUUCUGGCCAGGGUCACAUACCAGAUCAAAGAAGCAAACCAAGAGAAGAUGGAGAUGGAGACAGCUCUGAAAAGGAAAGCAGCUUCUCAUGAUGAUGAAAUCCAGCGUCUCUAUGAAGAAAUGGAGCAACAGAUCAAGAAUGAGAAAGACAGGAUCCUUUUACAAGAUUCUGAGAGGUUCUUGACCCGCAGUCAGGAGCUGGAGCGCCAGCUCUCCAGCAAAGAGAGAGAACUUGAACUGCUUUCAAACAAACAGAAAAGACUGGAUCACCAGUGUCGUGAGCUGCACAGUGAGCAGAGAGAGACGGCUGUGGAGAAUGUAAAACUGAAGCAGAAUAAUGAGGAGCUGGCGAGGGAGCUGGAGCACACCUCUCAGCAGCUGAGUUUAGCCCAGGAGCAGCUCAGUCUGCUGCAGGACCAGGCCUCGUGCCUGCAGGAGGAGAGAGAGCUAGAGAUGUACAGAGUUACAGAGAGCCUGCAGAGAGAGCGAGCAAGUCUACUUAAGCAACUGGAUUUGCUAAGAGAAAUGAACAAACAUUUGCGAGAUGAGCGGGAUAUAUGCUAUCAAACACCAAAGAACUCCGCUGUGACCCCCUCAUGGGCACAGAGAUCUGGAUCAAUUGCUAUGAAAUACACAGAACGGAAGCAAUCAUUUAGGAGUGAUGAUGAGGAUGAGGUGUUGCCACAUUCUAAGAGGAAGAGCACAGUGGGUGUAAGGGGCCACAGUCUGGUUCUAGAGCAAGAGGACCAAGCAGAUGGCCAGCUUCCUCAAAGACGCCAUCUCCCAAGGGUCAUCUCCAUCGAAGAGGACCAUCUCCCCCACCUCCUGCAGGAGGAGUACCAGGUCCAGCUCAGGGACUGGAGUGAGGAGGAAGAGGAGCUGGAAGAGGGCAUUGAUCUCCAGAUGAGCAGCAUCUACCCUGCUGCAAGCACCCCAAUCCCACAGUGCACUCCUCCAGACAGCAGGGACAUACACACCCCCACCUCACCAAGGGGACAGCCAGUGGGGAAAGAGACCCCCCAGCCUAAGGAAGGGGUGAGCUUGGGACCAGACCGCCUCUUUAAAAUUGUUCUGGUGGGCAACUCCAGUGUUGGGAAAACCUCUCUGCUGCGUCGUUUCUGUGACGACUGUUUUUACCCUGGAACCUCAGCUACUGUAGGUAUCGACUACAGCGUAAAGACACUUACAGUGGACAACAGCCAGGUGGCGCUGCAGAUGUGGGACACAGCAGGACAAGAGAGGUAUCGCAGCAUUACUAAGCAGUUUUUCCGCAAGGCAGAUGGAGUAGUGGUUAUGUACGACAUCAGUAAUGAGCAGACGUUUACAGCAGUGAGGUCAUGGCUGGCCAGUGUUCAGGAAGGUGCGGGUGAGGACAUUCCUGUCAUGUUGCUGGGCAAUAAGACAGACCUGGAGGGCCAGAGAGAGAUUCAGUUCAGAGCGGGUGAGAAGUUAGCUAAGGACUCUCAGUUGAUUUUCUUUGAGUGCAGUGCUUUCUCAGGCCACAAUGUAACAGAAUCUAUGAUCCACUUGGCAAGAAUUCUAAAGGAGCAAGAAGACAGAGAGAAAGAGAAAACGGUCAUUCUGGCAGACGGCCCCUCAAAAAAGAAGUCUUGCUGCUAGUAAAGAGCCCCCUUUGUUAAGCCACCACCUGCUAACCCUUCCCUUGUGCUGAGUGAUAGCUGUUUCGCCACUCUUUCUGGUGUUCAUGGUGAUGUACAUUUUACCCCGUUUUCUCUUUUUCUUACUCCACACUUUUAAUAGUCUGACACUUUUAGACACAUCUGUGUGUUUUUUCAAAGUUGUUUUUUAACUAAUGCCACACACUAGCAGUGUUAUGGUUAUUGUGGGGAAAGCCCAGGUUUUGCACUAUAAGGUUUUGGUGGAGUAACUGUCCGUAUAUUUCAUAUUGAGGGCAUAAUGAAUAGAGACACAUCAUGCUGAGAGCAAGCAUAAAGCUGCAUAGUGAUUUUGGCUGAAUACCCAAGAAGAAAAAUUUAUGAAGAAUAGUAUGUUUUAUACUUAUUAGUUCACAUUAGGAAUAAUAAGCUCACCUUAAAACUUGUGUUUACAGUGCAAAUGUUUACAUAACAGAAGUAUAAUAUCUUCAAAAGUCAAAAGCCAAACUGGAGUUUAUUUGGAGGUGAAAUUAAAUAUGUUAUGUUUUAAUUAUCUCCAAGAGUAUAAUUAUACUGUACAGAUAAGGGUGCUGCAAGACUGCUGAAUUUGAAAAGAAGGUGUAGUGUAGGAGGUUGUGUUGUGCUAGAAGAACAACUGACUGGGAAUUUGUGAACUGUAUAAAUUAUAAAUAUCCAUUUCAGGACCUGGAGUUUGUUCCUGUAUUGUUAUGUACUGUGUUAUGUUUUUUUUUUUUUUGACAUAUGGCCUAAAUCCACAAACUUUGCGCAAGCAAUUUAGUGCAAUCGGUGUUGACACCAGUCUCAAAUCUCAAUGGAAGCUUAAAGCUGUUCAUGUUCUCACUGUGGCACAGCGAUUUUUUCUAUUUAUCAAUAUGUCUUAUCUAGUGAAAUGUCUCACUUUGAAGUGUUUCUCUGUGGAACAAAAAGGGCUUAUGGUUCUUUAUUGCAACAAAUGAGUCUGAGGCCAUGAAACAAAUGACAAAUGGGAGCCCACAAUAUGGGGUCCUAUUUAGCUUUUCC